AUGUCUACCCAUCUGGCGCGAGUUCGUCAGGUCUCGAUAAAGCUGUUGCGGCUCGCCUGGCUUGGUAGGGAAAUGCGCCGCCUGGGAAGAGGCAUAUCUCGUAUUCCCCUCGGCCCCUUCAUCGUGGCAGCCAAGACUACGGGGACAGUGGGAUCCCCGAUCCCCCUUGUGCAGGCGAUCUCGUCGAUCGUAGUCAUAGCAUUGCAGAGCGCGCAGGGGGUAAAGCGCAACCACAAGCAGUGCAAGGAACUGGCCAAUCUAGCCAGGGCCGUCGUGUCCGCCGUGGUGGACGCGACCAGCGACAUGCCGGAGGAAGAGCUGGACGAGAAGACCAUGGUCCACCUCGCCGAACUCGAAUGGUGUGUGCAGGAAAUGCUCUCUAAUCAGCCCCGGCCAGUCGUCGCGACGGGAGCUAACUGCGUGCGGUCUGGCGCAGGCGCAUGCAGCAGAUCGUCAACACCAUGA